AUGGCCUCAAGCAGCCGUUCACCCCAAUACAGCAAAAUUAGUGGCGCAUACUCACCUACGUCCUCCGAAUUCCUUGACGAAUCGGUCAACAGCGAAGAAGACGAAGCUGUCUUAGAAAGAUUCCAACCUAGUCUCAAGCCAGGAUAUCACUACAAAGCUCGAUCCAAGGCUGUAAUGUGGAUUCAGAAUGGCAGUGCACUCUUGUUAGGUGUACUCAUCGCCAUUGUUAUACUCACGCCACUCACUCCAGCGGCCCUUCGAGCAACGGACAGUCAGAAUUUCGUGCAACGACAAGAAGAGGUUGCUAGUCAGUCGUCGUGCGGAAACUCAACCGCGGAGGCCAAAGAGCUCGGCUGCGAAUACGACCCGUCGCUAUUGAACUGGGUAAAACCCUACUGCAGGUUCGACGAUAUCUCAGAUCAAUUCGUUCGGUUGCCAAUACAUGAGCUAUACCAGGAUGAGGAGAUGAAACAACCUAUGGAUCUCUCAUACAUACUCUCGGGAGAGUUUGCCCACGCAUACGACUACCUGGAGCAUCACAAAGGCCACUGUCUAAAUGCGUGGAAGACACUGACUGAGGCCUCGUUGCAACUUGGCCCUACCCAGCAAGAGGUCCUGGUUUCUAGUCGGGCAUUGUCUUGGGAGCAUACUGUACAUUGUAGUGAGGGCGUCAUCAUACCAAAUAUGAACAGCCCAUGGAGGACUAAGCCACACAUUAGUUUCUGGGUUGGAUUCGCAAACUGUCACCUGUUACGGUUACCGUGA